AUGGGCAUUGAGAGUCAGGAACCAAAGACAGACUUGGUGGGGUACCGUACUGGGCCAUUGCAUCACACUGUGCCUGCGUCCCAGAGCUGCCUGCAGGCCAGCCAUGGUGCGCAGGGUACAAUGGACGCAUUCUCUCGUCCAUCAUACGUCGCAACACAGCUGCGAGGUGGCAGGCCCAAAGGCAGGGACAGCAUCCUCCAUGCAUUGCGAUGGGGCUCGCGAUACAUGCUCCUCCGAGAGGCCCCCGUAUCGACUUCAAUAUCAACACGCAACUAUAGCCUUCUUUUGUAUGCGAAUCUCGAUCCCAACGUGCCAGCAAAAGGCCGCUGUGUAGGGGAACGUUACGGUGCUUUCAAGCCGCAUCCCACCAAGCAGGAAACCCCACGUUUUCUCGCACCGCACCCUGUCGACCACCCACCCCCAUUCCUCACAACGUACAGUAUCCACGUCCUUGGAUUCGGCCGCGAAGGAUGCUUCACAGCCCACACCCUUGCCCUCGUACCCAACAGUAGCCGAGAGGCCGGCUAUAACACUGCGCCCUUGUCGACCAUUUUGCUCCUCGAAGGCUACUCUACCUCCAUAACGUCCUUCUCGAGACGCUUUCAAAGGCGCGAGUGGUAA